AUGUCUUCUUCGUUUCCCGUGUUUGCUGUACACUUCAAGAUGUCACAACAGUCGCCGCAAGUCAAGAAGAUUUACAACGGAAAAUCCGAGAGAACUGGCCAGCUACGCUUGCCACGCCACUGCUCUCCUUCUCCCCUCAGGAUCAACCAUGCUCAGAAUCGCCCGCCAGUCAACAUCAACCACCACCUCCUCCCCAUCCUCUUCCUUCUUCUUCUUCUCCAAGGCAUCGCCAUCCCCACCCCCUUCACCCACAUCCCUCCGUUUCAAAAACGACAGCGAGCCGCACUCCUGUCCAGCAUGAAACUCGCACCACGCCCGCUGAUGCCUGCCCCUGACCCUCAGCCUCGCCUCCCGGAUCCCCGGGUCGGCCAGCAGCCUGACCAGCCCUUCCAGCGGGGGCCUCUCAAAGACGCGCUUCUUUUCGCGCAGAAACGCCCUCGAGCUGGACUGCGCCCGGACUUUAUUGUUGUUGUUGCUGCUGUUGCUGCUGCUGCUACUGUUCUCGUCCACGAGCAGGGUGAAAUCCGCCAGUUCUCCUCGGACGGCCAUGUCCUGCAGGAAGGGGCCCAGGUCAUCCCACAGCCACCCGCGCAGCCGAUCGAUGCGCAUUUCCAAUCUUCGUACUCUGCGCCUUGCUUCUUGCGAGAGAAGAAGGAAGGGGCCUCCUGUGUGGCGGAGGAGGAGGAGGAGGAGUUGUUUCUGGGCUUGUGGGCCAUGCCUGUUGGCGGUGCUGCUUCUUUGCGUGUUGCUGUUGUUGUUGUUGUUGUCGUUGUCGUCUUGGGCGUCUUCUGCUGCGUCGUCGAUGAAGCGCCGGAUGUGGGAGGCGUGGUUGCCGGUGAGAUCGAGGAGGAAGGUGUUUGCCGGUCCGUAGAAGAGCGGGUGGGCGAUGGCGUAGAGGGAGGGGUGGGUGAGGAAGAUGGGGAGGGGGUUGAUGGGGAGGCGGGCGGUGGUGGUGCAGGGGCAGAGGGGGAUGAUGCCGUUUUCGGGGGCUGUGAGGAGGUUGGUGAGGAUGAGGGAGAGGAUGUCGACGGGGAGGUCGAAGAGGUGCAGAGGUUCGGGCAUAUUGGUCGAAAUGAAGCUGGACUAUGGAGCGAGUGUGAGGUUGGUUGA